AUGACGUGGUAACUAUCACCCCACCAUUUACAAUCCUUUGCUUCUUUCUUCCCACACAAAAAAUUAAUAAUAAAGCCCUCUUGCAUUAUUCCCCAACACAAGAAUAGAUUCUCUCUUUAGCUUAGCUCCAAUACUUGAUUUUGGAGAGUAGGAAAAAAAAAAAAAAAAAAAAAAAGAGAGAAACUAUCAUUUCUCCUUUCAACAACAUUUUUUCUUUUGCUUCAACUUCAUACAAGAACAUCAUCAACAACAACAACAAAUCAACGAUAUAGCUUCCAUGACUAAUCAAUGCGAAAAUUCAUCCUUUUUGAUACAACACAAGAGUAGUACUCCUAACCCUAACGAUGACAAGAUCGAGUCACAAAGGCCGAGUUUAGGAAAGAAAAACGAGGUGAAGUGUGAAGAAAAUCACGAGUCAAAAUCAACUUCUGACGAAAGGAAUAAAUUCAACGAUGCAGGAGCUGUGCUGAAAAACCCUGUUCAGGUAAGACCAGAAGUCAAGGAACAUGCAAGUGGACAUAACAAAGGCGAAUCGUACGUGGAGGAUAAUGGACGUGAUAGAUUGAAAAGACAUCGGGUUGAAGUAGCUGGUCAUGUAUGGAUUCCAGAUAUAUGGGGUCAAGAGGAACUACUCAAAGAUUGGAUUGAUUGUAGUGCUUUUGAUGCUUCAUUAAUGAAUAGUAAUAUAAUGUCAGCUCGUGCUGCUUUGGUUGAAGACAGAAGAAGAGCCAAUUCUAGCUGCAGAUUAAGAAUAGAGAAUAGCUGUUGAAAAAGCUUCCAAAUUACUUCAAACUUCUCAUUUUCAUAAAGAUGAAUUUCUUUUUGGUUUUAUUUUGCUUUAUUAUUUCAUCUUAAUAAUUGUGUAUUUCUACAUGUUAAUACCUAAAAGGAGUACAUCGUUGAGGACGUUAAUUAUUUGGACACUAAUACCAUAUACUAAUAGAUUGCCUA